CUGGCUAGCCCCUCCUUCCCUGCACCUUUAAUGGCUGGGAAAGGGGAGUGUCGGCCGGGGUUUUCUUAAGAAGUCGCACCGGUUUUUCGAGCUCCGCUCCGCGCCUGGAGAGCCACAGCACCGGGAGCGGGCGCUGCCAGUAGCGGCCCGCGCUGUCGCCCUGUGCCCUGUACUGCUCUGCAGAAAGGAUCGACUGCGAGACUGGGGUUGUUGACUGCUGUGAGGACCAGCGUGAGAUCGCUGGGCACCACCUGCAUACAGUAGGUCUGGUAUCUCCUGGCGCUAUAUCGUGGCACAGUGAAACCGUCUGGGAGGAGAGAGCCGGCCUGCUGCCCUGAGAGUGCUGGAUGCACAGCAGCGAGCUGCAUGGGAGGGGCAGUCCUCAGGCUGCUACGUUCUACCUUUUGUACCCGGAGGCAGUACCAGUUGAAGAGUCCAUGUGGAUCUUGGAAACAGAAGGAUUAAAAAACAUUUCUACAAAGAACUUCACCAUCUCUCUUUUGAUCUGAAGACUGGGAGACAAUGGAUAUUAUAGAGACAGCAAAACUUGAAGAACAUAUGGAAAAUCAAACCAGUGAUCCGGCAAAUACUUACACAAGACCUGCUGAACCUGCUGAAGAAGAAGAAAAAAAUGGCAACGGUAAACCUAAGAGCUUAUCCAAUGGGUUGCGAAAGGGCACCAAAAAGUACCCGGACUACAUCCAAAUCGCUAUGCCCACUGACUCGAGGAACAAGUUCCCCCUGGAGUGGUGGAAAACGGGCAUCGCCUUCGUGUACGCCCUCUUCAACCUCGUCCUGACCACCGUCAUGAUCACAGUUGUGCACGAGAGGGUCCCUCCCAAGGAGCUCAGCCCUCCGCUCCCAGACAAGUUUUUUGAUUACAUUGAUCGGGUGACGUGGGCGUUUUCUGUAUCAGAAAUAAAUGGGAUUAUAUUAGUUGGAUUAUGGAUCACCCAGUGGCUGUUUCUGAGAUACAAGUCAAUAGUGGGACGCAGAUUCUUCUUUAUCAUUGGGACUUUAUACCUAUAUCGCUGUAUUACAAUGUAUGUCACGACCCUGCCUGUGCCCGGAAUGCACUUCCAGUGUGCUCCAAAGCUCAAUGGAGACUCCCGGGCCAAAGUGCAGCGGAUCCUGCGGCUGAUUUCUGGUGGGGGACUGUCCAUCACCGGGUCGCACAUCUUGUGUGGAGACUUUCUCUUCAGCGGCCACACGGUUGUGCUGACACUUACUUAUUUGUUCAUCAAAGAAUAUUCGCCUCGUCACUUCUGGUGGUAUCAUUUAAUCUGCUGGCUGCUGAGCGCCGCCGGGAUCAUCUGCAUCCUUGUGGCACAUGAACACUAUACUGUCGAUGUCAUCGUUGCCUAUUACAUCACAACACGGCUGUUUUGGUGGUACCAUUCCAUGGCCAAUGAAAAGAACUUGAAGGUCUCUUCACAGACUAAUUUUUUGUCUCGUGCAUGGUGGUUCCCCAUCUUUUAUUUUUUUGAGAAGAACGUACAAGGCUCAAUUCCUUGCUGCUUCUCCUGGCCACUCUCCUGGCCUCCUGGCUGCUUUAAAUCAUCGUGCAAAAAGUACUCCCGGGUUCAGAAGACAGGCGAAGACAAUGAGAAAUCCACCUGAGCCACAAAACAAAGGCAGCAGCUCUUAUACCAAAAGAGGUAUCGCUGUCACCAAAGGUGUAGUUUUUUGUUUCUGUUUUUUAUUUUAGAACUGACUGGUAAAUGAAGAAGUGGACCAAAUUUGGGGUAAAUGAUUAGGAAGGUGAACAAAGUGUUACCCUUUGACUGUUCUUUUUAAUUCAUCCUGAGAAAGUUAUAUUCUCCUGUGGCUCUUCAUUCACUGGUGACAAGCCCUCCACCUGGGAUUUCACUACUAGCACGCUUGUCCAAGAGGUGCCAAAGAACACGUUACACCUUUCCUCAGUCUUUCUCCACUAAAGAAUUUUUUCAGGAUUUUUUUCCCCUCCAAGAUCGGAAGAAUUUGUUAAUGUUUUAAAUAAACUCUCUGGACAGACACAGCUACUGUGUAAAUAGAAUAACCUAAUGUUGAGAGUGGGUUUUCGCAUUAGGCCUGUUAGUGAGGGGGAGACUCAAGGGUUGUGAGUACGCUUUGGGCGUGCUUAUUUUGACCCUUUCAUGGGGAAGGAUGAGGUUAGGCCUGGGAAUAUGUACUGCUGCUACCACCCAAUGUACUAUCUAUCACUUUUACUUUAUUUUUUAAAACGAUGAUUUUAUUUAAAAAUGGAAGAAACGUGAUCUAAGUAAAUAUGGAAGCAUUUGACCCACCCCACAGAUAUUACUUGUUUGCAAAUAUUUAAUUUUAAGAUCUCUAUUACAGACACACAGGAAACAUAGGGCUGUUUCUGCUCCCAGCGGGCCUGGUUUGCACUUACCUGCUGUCUGCCUGGUGAAUUUGCACCUGGUACCGGGGCAGUCAGCUGCUGAGCACAGGCUGAAUACACGUGUGUGAACCGAUGCUCUAGCACACGAGGAAGGAGCCGGUGUGUCUCUUCCAGGUCUUGACCUGUGUGAGAUCCGUUUUAGAGCUGCUUAUUGAUACUCAGAAAUAUAAUUGGUCACAUUUCACUGAAAACCAUUUCUUUCUGCUUUAUGGAAAAAACCAAGAUGGAGUCCAAAAGUUUAAUUCAUCCUUGCCUAUUUGCAAGAGACCCAGCUCCUUAUAGACUGAGUGUUUAUAGGAAGCACUAAGGACACACCACAACUGAGUCAUUUUACUCUGACCAUGAGAUCACACCAAGUUGCUGCUCUCUAAGCUGUUGUUGGGAUCAGGGUGUGAGGCCGUUACAGCUAGUUGAUAAAGGGGGCGUAUCAUUUCUAAAGUUCUUUCAGGUGAUGCAAGAAAGAAAAAGGCGGACUUGAUCAGAUUUAAUUUUAUCAGAUUAGUGUACUGUUUAAUGCUGUUGGAUCUUGUGGAUAAUUCUUACUUAAUUUCUUAAGACUUCUAGUAACCUUACAAAAAGAUUUACAGUUACAAAAUCAUUGACCCAGAGAGCAGGGAGGCCAACUGGGGUAGAAUGAGGCAGUUACAUUUAUAUUGAAGGUAAAAAUUUCCCUCCACUUAGAAUGGAAAAAAAAAUCCCUGAAUAUGUUAUUAUGAACUAAUCAGCCUUGAUUUGAUAUACACAAUUGACUUUUAAAUUGCUCAAAAGAAGCACAAUACAAACUUAAAUGUGUUCAGAUGGGCCAUUGUCUGUUGGUGCUAAAAUUCUGUGUGUUUUCAAUAUGGCUCUUGCUCUGUAUAAUAGAAGAAUCACUAAAGGAAAGGUGGUCCAAUUCAAAGACAGAUUAUUUAAAAAUAGAAAUGAAACCCUGAACUUUCUUGGCAGGUUUUGAAAUGCAAGAAGUUUCUCCAGUAUUUAUUAUUAAACCAGUAAGAAACAUAUAUAUACCUUACCUGAGGUGUUUAGCUAUCAUUCUACAUAAUUUUCCCUUUUCAUUCAUUAAAUAUUGAUAGUUGUGCUAAAACAAGGUGUUCUGCUUGAAAACACUGGUUUUAAAUUUCUGCUGUCUGAUUGUGAGGAAAAACAUCUGGCACUGUAGCCUGGGUUUUGCUCUAUGACCCUGGGACAUGGAGCCUCUAAUACAAAUGAGACAACCUCGUAUACCUUAGAGCCUUAUUCUGCUCCAUCUUAUAUAACCCACUUUUCUUCAUAUUAAAUUGGGAAAUGUAUUUCAGCUUUUAAAAUCAUGGUGCAUUGAUCGUUGGAAACCCUUGAAACAGUAAACCUUGCAUUUUAGUCAAGUCAUCUAGUGUUUCAUUUUUUAAAAAAUAAUGCCAUCACCUGUUAAAGAACUCGAGGAAACAUCUGUGACCCCACAUGUGGACGGACACUGCCGCUGCCUUCCGCUUUACAGCGUAUGUCCUAGCUUUAUGGUAGAGGCUGUGGGAGUAUGUGGUGUCCAGAGAAGGGUGAGAGGCAGAAAUACCAAAGUUUCAGGAUAGAAAAUUAAGAGAAAUAGUGAAUCUCUUACAUUUACGUUCAGGAAAGCAAACUUGAGAUUUAACCCAACAUGCCACUUUGGAAUAUAAAACAUAAGCAAUUCCUAGAUUUAUUGUGGUGAUCAUUUUGCAGUAUAUAGAAAUAGCGCAUUGUUAUGUUGCACACCUGAAACUAAUAUAAUAUGUAGAUUAUAUCUCAAUUUAAAAAAAUUUCAAUCUUGCCUUUUUGAGACAGAUUUUGGGAGCUCCUUUUCCUUGCUGAUCAAGAUGUGAAUUUACUAAUUAUUCUUGUUUUUGUCAAUUACUACUCCUGUUGGAAACUUUUGCUAUAAUUUAGUCCUCUGUGCAGUAUCUAUAACAUACAAUUACUACAAAUUAUACCACUUUUUAAAAAAAAUUUUUGAAGUGGCAGUGAAUUCCUCUCAGAUUCUAUUUUUUAGGCUCCUCUACUAACUCUAAAAAUCAAAAAUUCUUUCCCAAUUCCACUGGAAGUAAUUUUGAAUUGGUUAUUUAAUACACUGGCAUCUUGGGAAGUAGGUUUUGCUGUGGAGGGAAGGCUGUUUCGAGGGAGGGCGAGAGUGUAGUCUGGUUUGUGGAUGAUCUUGCAUCAGGUUCUUUGCUGUAUACCAGCACCCCCUUGUGGAAAUGUGACGUGGAACACAAACUUGCCACUUUAUUUACAGUGUAUUUUCAGAAGACAUGUUUCUUAUCAUUUUGCCAAUAAUCUGAAAGCAUAGUGCAAAAGGAGUUAUUUUUUAAGGUAUUUUAAACCUUUCCCAAAGGGAAAAGGUACUGGAUCACAGGGUGUUGCAAUUCUAAUCUUUUAAUCCAUUGAUCAAAGAAAAUUCGCAGGCCAUUUUUACCUCUCACCCUCACAAUCAUUGUCUCCCUUUAUAACUACCAACACUAUGUUUACUUUGAAACACCAAGUUGGCUGCCUUUUCUUUUACAUGCUAAAACUCAGGCAGCUUCUUUUUCCCUUGAAAGUUCACAUUUUGUUGCUUGAAUAUUUUCAACAUUUUUAAAUUUUUUUUAUUGUUAUUUUUAUUUUGCACUGUAGAAUUGAUUUAAAAUUUAAGCCGGUCCUAACACACUUCUUUAGUGUAAAGGAAGUGUAAGAAGGAAUUUCUUAAUAAAUGAGUUUGCAAUGUUUAGAUUAAGCAUAUUAAAAGUAAUAUGUGUUGAAGGUUUUCUGUUUGUAUGUAUAAAGAUUACUGGUAUUUUUUUAAUGUCAUUGUGUUGCAAUAAUUUAACUCAUUUGAGUUACUUGCUAAAAAUAUUUUGUCUAUUAAGAAGUGCUCUUGACUUUAGUACCUAAACAUUAAACUCAUGUCAAAGGUACCCAAAGAUGAGUUUUUAUACAGAUACACAUCUUGUAAGUUGUGGCUUAUUUUAUUAUUCAUUAAUGUAAUUGUGCUAUGUUCUAAAUGAAUCAUGAAUGAGAAUAGCUCUUUAUUCUGGAGUUAAAAUGGUUUUUUAAAAGAGAAAGAAGAAGCUACAUAAGCUAAUCUAGCUGCCAAGUUGGAAUUCAUUAUUUAAUUUACCUCCUAUGCAAUGAUUAAUGCUCCAAAAUGUAUGGUUAUGUUACGGUCUAUUCACAAAACAGAUACACCAUUACCAGGUUUGAGUAGUAAUGAAUCGCAUUCUUUCAAAGAUUUACUGUACUGUUUCAAUGUGUUAAGUGCCUUGUUGUAAAGUAAAAUUUUAAGCCUAGAAUGCAUUAUUUUCCUGACAUAUAUUUUUAUCAUGAUAUAUACUGUAUGUUAUUAUAAUAGUUUUAUUAAAUGCUUAUGUUUUAAUCAAAUAAUGUAAAUUUCAGAAGCUUUUUUCUCUUCUACCCACCAAUACCUUAAUCAUUGGUCUGUCAUAUGGGAUUUAAAUUCAGGUUCUUCUUU